UGGAAAACGGCAAUCUAUUAUUGCCUGCUAGUAACUAUCUGUUGGGUGCUACUAGCAGACAUAUGGAUCAUUGUUCCCCGAUCUCUCCACUAUCAUCGUCAUCGUCAUCAUCAUCAUCAUCGUUGCCAUAUCACGCUACAACAUCUACUGCGUCAACUGCAUUGCCCAAUGAACAGCAACAACGUUAUUUUGAUCUGCUGAAUGCUGCGGCAGCGGCCGCUGCUACGAAUAAUGGUCCGUUUCCGCCAACACCUCCUUCGACUGCAUUUUUACCAGGUCGUACAAGUGUUGAUAUUGCAUCACAAUCACAAAGGCCAACAACUGCAACCGCAACAACAACGACAACUACAACAUCGAAAGCACCCACUCCUCUUUGGCCUUCCUUGGGCCAUCAUCAUCAUUAUCCAGGUUCGACCGCCAAUUCAUCGCCAAUUGUUCCUGACCCAUUCAAAUCAUUACAAGACAUAUCAUUACGGGCUGGUUUGGUCACACCUGAUCGUGAAAGUAUAUUUUCUCGUUAUUCAUUACUCAAUUCAUCUGGAGGUGGUGCCAGUAUACUUGAAAAACUGAACAAAGAACAAAUUGAAAAAUUGGAAAUGCUUCAAACGAAUGAAAAGAAAAGUGAUAAUAAUAAAUCGACCAGAAGUCAUCAUUCAGCCACUGUUCAUCCUGGUUUAGCGCCCAAUAAUCUAUCGACAACCGCUGGGCCAUCGUCCUCUGCUUAUUCGCCAUAUCCACCACAACCACAACCACAACCACCACCGCCGCCAUUGAAUCAUCAUUCAUAUUUGAAUUCGUGGUAUAUGCCACCACCACCGCCAACAGCAUCGUUGUUUGGCGCCGCUGCACAUCAUCAGCAAUUUGCGGCUGCAGCCGGUAUGUUUGGAUCGUCGACAUCAAUGGGUCGUCAUCAUAAUCCAUUUGCGGCAUCCGAAGCAUCGACAUCGUCAUCUAUGAUGAAUUUUAUGAAAGCAGCCGGCUUGGCCGAAUCUGGAUAUGGUUCAACAACGGCUGGUCGUUGAUUGAAAUCAUCUCUCUCUCUCUCUCCCUCUCUGUAAAUUCACUCAAUUACAACCUCCUCUACGUGUGUGAUAGCUUAUUACCAAAUUACUGGAUUGCUUAGAAACAAAACAAAAAAAUCCUUAUUAUUCAUUACUCAUUGUUUUCUAUAUAUAUGCAUCAUCAUGAUCAUGUCUUUUUUGUACUUAUCACCACCCAACAACAACAACAACAACAACAAUAGCAUUCAAUGUGUCACACAAAUGAAUUUUUCUUUUCUUAUUUUAUCAUUUUUGUUUUGUUGAUUACACACCAUCUUAUACUUUUGGUCUAACUUAUUACCAUAAUUAUUUUCAUUUUAUUGAAUACCUAGACGAAUUGUAUCCAUUUUGUUUGUAAAUAACUUUUAAUCUUUAUUGCAAAUGUCAUCAUUAAAAUUAUUUGUUUCCUAUUAUUA